AUGAAUUAAAAUUAAGAUGAUAAUUCAAGUGAUGAUGUAAUUUAAUUUGAAGAUAAUGAAAUAAUAGAUUUUUAUAAUAUGGAAUAAAAAACUAGUCCUAAAGAUAACAAAAUUUAAUAAUAAGAACACAAUAUUGCUUAUGAAUUGAAAAAUUCUUCUUAAUUAAUGCUAAUUUAGGUAAAAAUAGGAAAUAUUGCAGGAACAAUCACAUCCAAAAUAACAGCAAAUGUAAUAAAGCUAAAAAUCUCCAAUACCAAUAAAACAACAUUAAAAAAGUGAUUCUCCUGAACUUUAGAAAUUUAAGGACAAUAAUUAUACUAUUUUAUAAAAUUUAUAAAUUGACUUUAGCUUAGAAUAAUUUUUAAUAUCUCCUGCUCCUAAAGGUGGAAUGAUAUAAUGUAGAUUUUAUAGAGCUUCUCCAAAGUUUACAUUGUUUUUAGAAUAAUUCAAUAAUAUUUUAUUAAAUGCAGAGAAAAAAUCAUUUUAAAUAAAGGGCAGCUAUAAAAUUUAUGCUAAAGGGAAAAAAGAGUAAUAUUUAGGUAAAAUUAAAGGAGAUUUUAUGGGAUUAAAAUAUUUAUUAUAUGAUAAUGGAAAAACAGCCAAGAAAUCAAAAGACAUAAACUAAUUAAGAAAAGAGUUAGGAGUGAUAUAUUAUUAACCAUAUGAAAAGAAGUUACGUUCAAUUUAGGUACUAAUUUUCUUAAUUUUAGACAUUUAUUCCUUAAAUAACCUCUAGUGGAUAAUUAUAUGAAUUUAAGAAUCAAAAACCUUAUACAUCUAUUAUAAAUAAUUUAGACAAUGUAAUUGAACUAAUAAAUAGAAAACCUUAAUGGAUUUCUUCAUAUAAAGCUUACGGAUUAAAUUUUUAUGGUAGAAUAUUUACAAGUUCUGUAAAGAAUUUCAUAUUGACUGAAAGAGGAAGUGAAAUCCCAGUAAUGUUAUUUGGUAAGAACGAUGAUAGAGAAUUUGUCCUUGAUUUUUCAUAUCCUCUAACUCCAGUUUAAGCUUUCUGUAUUGCACUUUCAAGUAUGGAUCAUAAAUUUGGUUGUAAAUGAA